GAGCCCUUGGCAAGUCCAAAGCCUAUACUCCACAUAUCAACCCCAGAGAAAGGUCCAUUAAAACUGGAUGCCUCUUCUUUGGGAGACAUGCCCGCCCAGUAUACCGUCUGUCACCUGGAGCCACACCAAAUGCCUGUAGUGGGGGUAUAUUGCGACAAGAGAGUUGUGCCAGGGUUCAAAUACCGUGUAAGACCAUUGCCUGAGGUUGGAAAACCCUCAGACUCCCACAAAUGCCUAUUCAACGAGAAGGCUCAGGUUUUGAAGUCGAUUGGUAGAGGCUAUGCUAGACGAUUCACUUUCGAAAACGAUCAUUUCUGGAGCGACAACAGACCUGAAGGGUACGCAUUCGAGCUGGAACUCGUUUCAGAAGGAGAUAAAUUUACGUUCUUUGAUACCAACAACGAACCGUAUGGUACCGUGGAGAUCAUCAAGCUAGAGGUAGGUACUUGGAUGUAUUUUAGUACAUUGUGUUGAAAGUUAGGGAUGUCUAGAUGUCUCAUCUUUCCGUUUGCGAAGUUGAGGUAACUUACCUGAUCUCUUUUCUCUUUAUUAAGUUUUGUGGAUAUAUUCGGUAGUUGAUGCUUUACUGUCUUUUGUUUGUGUAUUGCAUUGUUUUGUUACUAUGUUAUAAACCCUUUUGUUGCUAUUAUAAGUUAUAUUUACCUCUGCGCGCAGUAAAUAUCGUUACGACGUUGACAUUUACCACGAUUCAGUUCGUAAAACUAUAAACAUUCUAGAAAAAUUUGACUGUAGCUAACCACUCGCAAGAUAUCGAAUAUUAGAUGUUAUAAAGCGGUAGCAUACUUAUAUUCCAUAUUUAAUUGAAAAACUAUUGGUGAAUAUAACUUAAAUUAGUUGAUAAGUUAUAUAUUAAGUUUUUGUAUUUAAGUUCCAAAUAGUUACAAAGGGGUAAAUACAUUAAGUUUAAUUUUGAUCCAGAAAGACAAAGGGGGAUAUAGAAAUAUGGAAGUAUCCAACGUUUUAUAUUUUUGUUUUGUUCAUUUUCAUUUUCUUUAGCCUUUAGUUGUGUCCAGUAAUUCAAAACGUAUUUUGGAUUGAAUUUGAUUAGAGUAAUAAUAUAGAACUGACUAAAUUGUGCUCAGUUCUUGGAGACAACCUACUAUAACACUAACGUGAUAAUUUUGUCGUAGUGUAUCAAUUAACAGUCCCCAAUUUUUUGCCAAAACUUUGUCAGUAGAUUCCCUUUCUAGAGAUAUUCUAAAUUAUUCAAUUUUUGUUAAAAAUAUUUAUUUCCACCAUUUUUGUGAACAACCUAUAAUGGCUGAUUUAGUAUUGAAUAUAUUAAAUAACUAAUUAUUUGUUGUACUAUUGAACAGGUGAAGUUACUUUUACUAUUAAAAAAGCUUAAACUGGGAAAUUUUUUUCAGCUAUGAGCAUGUUUCAGCUUGACAUAACUUCAAAUGGGAUAUCAUCGGAAAGGUGGCCUUUAGAAUCAUUUUGACGUAUACUUAUUAUAAAAAUAGUUUAUAUAUGGGGAUUAUUUUAAUGAAUGUAAAGUCCCAUAUUAGUAAAUUAAGAUAAACGUAAUGAUAUAAGAUGAAAAAAAUCGCCACUGCACUUUAACAUUCCAAAAGUGCUUCCAAUCGUAAACAUUAAUAAGGAUUAUCAACCAUUUGAUUUGGUAAAUAUUACAGCUGGGUCCAUGACUAAAAAACUACAAUGAACAAUUUUUUUUUAAAAUGACCAUUGAGUGGGAAAAACGUGAAUUAUAUUUGAACGUUUGAAUUAUUCAAUAAUGAAUUAACAUUCGACAUCGAUAGUUUGGAAUAAAAGUACAUAAUGUAAUAAAAUAAUACAAUGUGCUGCUCCAAAUUUUAUAAUUAUACCAAAAUAAACUAAAAGAUAUGAAUGGUUGCUUUUUAUAGUACAAUUUGGCAAUCUUAUGAUUUUUUGGUAGUGGGUAAUUGAUUCAGAGGUACUCGUUAAAAAAAAAUAUAAAAACAACUUUAUCCAGUUAUCUUUAUUAUCGAAAUAAAGAAGCAUUUUUGAUAUUCAGUUUUUCAAGAAGGAUGCCAUGGAUGCUCGUUUUGUUUGAUAAUAAAGAUAAUCCGACACUGCAGAUUCAUUUUAUUUUUUAUGCUUCUAAAGAAAGCAGCUCUACCAUCAUUAUUGGGUAUAUUUCAAAAGUUGUUUCAUUCUAGCGUUGAAUGAUCCUUCAUCAAUAUGUAAGAAAGUUUAAAGCUUGUUUCGUCUCGACAGAAGUAGACCUUUUCGCUAAAGAGUAUUAGAUAGUUAUCUUGUUUGUAUACCUAAAGGCCACCUUUAACGUUAUAGUUAUAUACAGUGAAUGCUAAGCUACCUUAAUAUAUCUGCCAUUGUUCAGUUUGCUAUCAUAUCAUUUCAUCAAAAAACACACUGCGUUGUUGGAGUACGAUUCGGCUGAAGUUACCUUAGCUGUCGGUGUAGACGCAUCCCUAAACGAAUACCCUUAAACAUUAUCAUUACCUUGGCAACCCGAUGUUUUUAUCAGACACGACUAGAGCCAGGAACUGGGAACCCCGACAUUACCUAAAACAAUCUCCAGGAUCUGGGCGUCGUAAGUUUACAGUUGUAGCCAUUAUUUCCAAGUGAGAGAUCCCCCUGCUUAUGAUACUCACUCUUUCAGGGCCCUCAAUUAGAAAUUUCUAGCUCUAUUACUAAAAAUGGCGUAGAAAAAAGAGCCUCGGUCAAAUUCACAGGUAAGGUUGAAUACUAUGAGACCGGGGUGGGCAAACUGUUGCCCGUCAGCGGCACAGCAGUUGCUUUCAAGGCCAAAGGGCAAGCCCAGGCUGGAGUGGUCAAAGUGACCAAUGUUUACAUCAAAAAGAAGAGAUACCACCUACUGCCUGGUAUGCAAAAGAGACACAGAAGGGUCACUGUUAGAGGAACUGAAAUCAAUGAUGUGCCCACUAAGUACACCAUGACUGGAUUGGAACCAUGUGAACUACCCGUCGUAGGUACCUACGUAGACCCGCGCAUCCUUCCAGGUUUCUACUACCGCGUCCGGCCCAAUGACCGCCGCGAACGUCUCUUCGGGGGCAGAGCCCUACGACUGCUCUCGAUCGGCUGCGGAUACGCCAAGAGGCUCACUUUCGAGCCUGACAGUCUGCUGAACCCCGACAACCACCUGUGGAGCGACAGCCACCCUGAUGGCCUGGGUUUGGAACCCAGCGCUGUCAGGAAAGGCAUGAAGUUCGACUUUUGUGCCGGGGAGACUGUCCUAGGGGAGGCGACGGUCUUCAGGGAUGAUAAGCCGCAGAUCGAAGAGAGGAUGGAAAGGAUUGAGACACCGAAAGGUUUCGCCAUUCAGAAAUACAUACAUAUUGACGUUAUUUGCCAUAUCCGUCUAGCACGCACAGGAGGCAAAACGACAGAGAACGACGACUAUCUCAUGAGGGUCUCUGGCUUGGCGAUCGUUAGGAAAGAACCGAAAUCGUCCCAAUCCUACGUAGUCAGGGUCGAGAACGUCGGUUUUGACUCUCAACUUCUGCUACUUUUCGCACAGACUCACACUGAGCUGACAUUCAUACCUAAGAAGCAUUAAUCUGUGGCUUAUUACGACGCUUUUACGUACUUAAGCUUAGAAUAAAGUUAGUGUAGUAUCUCUACACUCUAUUCAAGUACCAUUUCAAAAGAAACACUAGUGCGCAAUCUCCAGAUUAUUGAACUACUAAUUGGCCAACGGCUAUAAAUGCCCGAGCGCGUAGUGACAAGCGAAUAUAAUCGUCGGUCCAGUGCUAGUGUCUGCUUUGACGCGGUGUAAAUGAGGUUUGAAUAGAUUUUGGGUGGCUAUAAGUAUAUGCUUCUUUUCACGGUAGGCUUCUUUAAUCUACAAUAUAUCGGCUUCAUUGUUCACUAGAAAUCAUUGAAAAAUUGAGAAUAGCUUGUGAAUCUUUCAAUAUUCAUUGUUAAAUCCAUAAAAGUUAGAAAAUAACUAAAAUCAAAACAAAAAAAAUCGCUGCUUAGCGCUGCUCUACUGUUGAAAAUACUAUGUUUUUCUUAAUCGGUAGGAAAAACGUAGGAUAGCAUAAGCACAUAUAGGUAUUCUAUGAGGUAACGUUAACUUUUAUUUUAGGCGAUGGUAUUGAGUAUUAAGAAAUCAGCUUUCUGUACCAGAUAAGACUUUAGAUAUAUACAGGGUGAACAGUAAUAAUUGAGAUUUUAUAUUGGAAUAUAUUUCUAGCAUUCCAUUUGUUUUUGGCAGCCAAUUAUAAUUCAAAUUUGGAAAUUCUAAAAUGUUAGUUUGUUGAACAAUAAAAAAUCAUUAAGCAAUAAACCACUUCUAUUUGCAACUGCAGUAAUAAAAGUUAUCUUUUCUGGACAUUCUGUAUAUUUAGCACUAUGUUUCCCCAUCUCAAUAUUACUGUGCUCAUAAAUAGUGAUCUAUGAUAAUGCAAAAGUAUUGUUAUUAUUUAAGAUACAUUAUUUAUGUGUAAGCAAUAAUGUGAUUAUUUUUAGCAAUGGACUUUUUGUUAUCAGAACCUAUUCUAUUAAAUAAUUCUUUUGUAAA